AUGAAGUAAGGUAGUUUAAAGUAAAACAAAGUAGGGUGUAAAAAGGUAUUUUAUCCACCUUUUAAAACUUUCAGACCACCCAAGCCUAAUCUUUUUUUAAUCUGCUAACUAGCGUGACUUUUCAAACAUUCAAUCCUAAAUGACAAUUUUAAUAUUACCCCAUAUGUACGUUAAUUAAACUUUUUCUAUGACAUCUGACUUGUGAAACAAAAAACCUUAAACGUAAUUGUAUUAUAGAUUUGAACUUUAAUUUCGCAGCCAUCCCCUACGGCAAUUACUUUGCUUUUUCUCCCUUUUGGCCAAACUUUGUGAAAGUACUUAAAGGGGAAAAUGCUACAGCUCCAGAAUCCUUAAUGGAUUCCACCGAAAUGAGUUUGGAACAUAUUGUGCAGUAAAAGCUUAAAUAGUUUUUAAAGUUAGGCAUUUACUACUUUGUUUGUGAGUGUAAGGUAGGUUUUUUGGAAGAUAUUGAUACUCUAGAAGCUUUGGAAAUCAUGGCUUAUAAGUAGUUUAUUUUGGAAGGGGUAAAUGUGAAAUUAAGUGUUGAUAACGUACAGUAUAUUAGCUUUAUUGUCUUUAAAUUUCAAAACUUUAGGUUUGCUUUAAAAACUUUAGGCUUAAAAAUUAGGACUUACCAUGAUUUUAAAAAAUUUUAAGUUUUUUUAAGUUUGUUAUCUAAACCCUAUUUUAGAAUCAAAAUGAUAAGCGUGACUGCUGCAGCCCAUUCUUUCCGCUCAUCUCGAUCCCUGGGUACUCAUCUAAAAGCUUACGGUAGUGGUCGUGUAGCCCUAGCAGCUACCGACCCUAUUGAUCGCGAUCAGCAGGAAUCCCAACCUAAUUUAUUGUAGGUUUAAUUUACUGUUACUGUCAUUAGCUUAGUUUAUAUUGCAACUCGUUUACACAUAUCAAUAUUCAUAUAUAUACACCUACAGAUAGAUACACCAUAUACAUAUAUAAUAUGUGUAUAUAUAUAUGUAGAUAUACAAUAUAUAAGUAAUAUAAUAGCUGGCUAUACUUAUCUUUCUAAAAAAUACCUAAAGAUCUAGAAAGAAGAUCAUCGUGAAGCUAUGGCAUCUGCUUCUGAACAUCUUCAAAAGCCUCUGCCCGUUCUCUCAUUACAUUGUACAGACCGAAGAGAGUGAAGAGUUGAUCAAGAAGAAGAAGAAAAUGAAGGAAAAAGGCAAUUCAAUGUUCGACAAGCUCGAAGACAAGACCGUGCUACGAAUAUUCAGAUUUGUAGACGGGAAAAGUAUCAUCGCGUUGGAAAAGACCUGUUCUAAACUUAAUAAAUUGAUUAGAGACAAUUGUGAUUAUCUGCCAAAGAUUCAGAAAGAUCAGGUAGGUGAAAGUCUUGAAGAACAGCUACAGAAAAUUAUAAAGCAAUUUUACUUUUAAAAGCUUUGUUAUACGAUAACGUAUCACAGUUCUACGAAUAUUAAUCAUCAUAAUAAUGAAGUAAAACCUCAAAAACAUAAAUUACAGGUCAAGUUAUACUUUGACGAAGGAGAAGUGAUAAUAUCGCCAGUAGAUGAACGAAAAGUACCAUCUCGGUUUACUAUGGUGCCACUCGAAGUAAGAACUGUCAAUAACUUGUUCUAUUAGGUUGUGCAGAUAAUUCUGUGCCUUCUAACUCAAAAAAUUUGCUUUAAGAAAAGGCACAGAAUUAAUUGAACAACCUAAUGAUACGGUCUUCAACGAGCAACCCUUAACUUCAAAAAAAAAUAAUUAAAAUUCGCAAUGUUUUACCCUCCCCAAGCCAUAAUUAACCUGCCUGGCAUUAAGCCGGACAAAGGUUUCUAUAAUAAAAUUAAAUAGUACAGUACAGACCACAAAAUGUAUAGGUACCUCUUAUAAAAACACUACUAAACCUGAAGAAGAUCAUAAAAAUUAAUUCAGUGCCUAUCCGACUACUUACGACACAUAUCAACCUUAUCAUUGUUCAUCAGAGGUCUUAUCCCAAUUGAAACUGUGCCAGUGUUAAGACGGUUAUCUAGGUAUCACCUCGACUUUAGUCAGGUAUACUUUUUAUGGUGCGAGUUGGAUCAGGACGCUGAGGAAUAUGUAGGUUUUACUUACUAUAACUCUAAUUUACUGUUACUCUACUUGACUAUAACACCAUAAAGAUUUAAAAUGCUUGCACAGUACCAAACUGCUCGUACCGUGCGAAAAUUCUAAAACCUUUUUUGACUAACUAAACCUACUUACAGUUAAAAGGUCUGUUCCUAGCCAAUGCUAAUACCUUGUCUGAUAUUGGACUAGAAUCUUGUUCACCUACUCAACUGAUAUCAGACUCUUUAAUCGCUGGAAAUCUACAUAAUCUAGUAUCAUUACGAGUUUGGCACGAUACAUCGGGCCAUGUGUACCCGAUUACUGACCGAACAUUGUUCAAAUUGGUCGAGUAAGUAUUAAAAAGACGAAAAGUCACCUCAAAAGUCGGUAUAAGUGCUAUCAGUAAGAGGCAGACUUUCACCAUCUCUAUAACCUCCCUCUCCCCCAUUAUCGUCGCAUAACAAUACGGCUGGCUCUACUUACGUUACUAUACCUAUAUAAUCCAUAUGUUACUAUACCAGUAUCCCCAUUAACCAUCUAAUUCUAAUCCAAAAAACUAAAAACCCUUCAUUCCAGACUCCAAACCAAAGCCAUGUCGCCGUUAGAAACCCUUGACCUGAACUGUUGUAGGGUUACAGUAAUCGGUGUUACCGCCCUGAUAGAAGCGUGGUAUCUACAACAAUACACCCAAAGCAAUAUUUGUUUGAGUCUUCGAAAUUGUGGCUUCAGUCAGUACGAUCUCAUGAAACAAUGUCGAAACCAUGAGAUUCCGAUAAGUUCGACUGGAUUACUACAAAAAGAAGACGCACAUCUCAUUGUACAUAUAAAUUAA